UUUAAUUCUAACCUUUAAAUGCCUGGAAAACUGUCUUCACUGCUCUUAUUCCACAAGUUUAUAGUUUGGAUUUACUAAGUUGCAUCAUCUGGUUUUGGACCAAGAAUCAUCGGUUGGGAUUUCAGAUUUUCUCAGCACACAGGACUGCUACUGGACAUGCAACCAGGUGUGCGGGUCUGUGUGCCCCCUAUGGCUAUGCUGGGCCCGUUUUGCCGAGGCUGUCUGAGCAGGGUGCGAGGUUUGCCUGGUCGCAACUUCAGCUGUUUACCCACACAGAUGAGCAGAUGGAACAGUCAAGAGGCAUGCAGCCCUCUCCCUCCAAAGGAAAACCCCCGUGUCCUCAUCACGGGUGGUCUGGGACAGUUAGGUGUGGGACUUGCGCAGAUGCUGAGGAACAAAUUCGGAACAGAUAAUGUUAUACUGUCAGACAUUAAGAAGCCUCCACCUCAUGUUAUCAGCAGCGGUCCAUUUGUUUACGCUGAUGUGUUGGACUUCAAACAUCUCAGAGAACUGGUUGUAAAUAAUCGAAUCACUUGGCUGAUCCACUACAGCGCCUUGCUCAGUGCUGUUGGAGAGGCUAAUGUGGCUUUGGCACGCAAGAUCAACAUCACAGGCCUCCAUAAUGUGCUGGACUUGGCCCUCGAGAACUGCCUACGCCUCUUUGUCCCCAGCACCAUUGGAGCAUUUGGCCCCUCUUCCCCACGUGAUCCUGCCCCUGACCUCUGUGUCCAAAGACCUCGAACCAUCUAUGGUGUGUCAAAAGUGCAUGGAGAACUGAUGGGCGAGUAUCUUCAUCACAAAUAUGGUCUGGACUUUCGCUGCCUACGUUACCCGGGGGUUAUCUCAGUGAACACACCUCCCGGAGGGGGGACGACAGACUAUGCAGUUCAAAUCUUCCAUGAUGCUCUCAGCACAGGUCACCAUGAGUGUUAUCUGCGUCCUGAUACCCGUCUUCCCAUGAUGCAUAUUUCUGACUGCCACCGUGCUACAGUAGAAUUCAUGCAGGCUCCGGAGUGCCAACUGUCUCUGCGGACCUACAACAUUGCAGCAAUGAGCUUCACUCCUGAAGAGGUGGCCCAAGAAAUCCGAAAGCAUCUCCCUCACCUUAAGGUUACCUACAACCCUGACUCUGUCCGCCAGACCAUCGCAGACAGCUGGCCUGUGAGGUUUGAUGACUCUAAUGCCAGGAGAGACUGGGGCUGGGCACCAGCCUUUGGUCUUGAGGAGCUGGUGUCAGACAUGCUACGCUCCAUUCGGGACAAGAGGGCCAACGAGGGUUUGCCAGUCAGCUAGCGAAUUAUGCUUUGACCAAUUCCCUACCCCUGACUUCUCUUCAGCCUUUUUUUCAACAGUAUACUUUUUUCACUUCACUUUCACAGUUGUCAACAUGUAUCAUCUGUUACUCUGGUAAAUGGCAAAUAUGAGCCAGUGAUUGUUUGUAAAGUUGGAUUUCUGAGCCAGAACCUCCAAUAUACAGUGUAAAAUAUGACACACUACGUAUGCACUCAAACACACAUUUCAGUCUUUUUCAGGGAAUCAUAUGCUGUCACAGUCAAAGCUUCUCUUCAUCUUUGUUGUUUUUAAUUGUUAUCAAAGUAAAGGAUUCUCUUUGCACUUAAGAAUGUUGCCUCAGAUGAUAAAGAAAAGUACUUUUUUCUUAAGUUUGAUAGAUUUUCAGCUGUCAUGUUUAGCACACCCAUGGACAGAAUAAUCUGCAACAAUGUCUAACAAAACAUAUAUCACAAUUGGGAGCAGUUUUGCGCUCACAGAAGCAAAUAUUGGGUACACUUUAAUUUCCAAAUCACCUGCAAUAUCUUGCUCCAUCUACUCUGGGCUGUAAUUACCUGCCAUGUAUUUUGUAAACUAUAAUGAUAAAGUCUCCAAAUAAAAAUACACACUGUUUACAUAUCCACUAUCCAUAGUGUGGCACCUAAAAGGAACCCUUUGUUUAUUUAUAUUAUCAGCAGUGUGAUUUGGGUUAUGAAGGAGAAUAAAUAACAAAAAUAUAGCCUUAAUUAGUGUAACUUACCCUAUGAUAUCUAUCUAAACAUGCUGUGUAUUUUGAAUCAAACCUUGAACAAUAAAAGUGUUCAUGUCCAAA